GAGCGUGAAGGCGGCGCGGGGGCGGGGCCUGUGAGCUCCGCCCUCUUUACAGCUGCUUCAACACUGAACCAAACGACGAGCACAGGAGCCACUAAAGAGAGCUCCUUGGACUUUUCAAAGCACUCUUUAUAUAAGAUGGCUGCAAUCAGGAAGAAGCUGGUGAUAGUUGGAGAUGGUGCGUGUGGGAAAACCUGUCUGCUCAUUGUCUUCAGUAAAGACCAGUUCCCUGAGGUCUAUGUCCCCACUGUGUUUGAGAACUACAUAGCUGACAUUGAAGUUGAUGGCAAACAGGUGGAGUUAGCACUGUGGGACACUGCAGGUCAGGAAGACUAUGACAGACUGAGGCCCCUGUCUUACCCCGACACAGAUGUCAUCCUCAUGUGCUUCUCCAUCGACAGUCCUGACAGCUUAGAGAACAUCCCCGAGAAAUGGACACCUGAAGUGAAACACUUUUGCCCCAAUGUCCCAAUUAUUCUUGUUGGAAACAAAAAGGACUUGAGGAAUGAUGAACAUACUCGACGAGAGCUGCAGAAGAUGAAGCAGGAGCCUGUUAAGCCAGACGAGGGCAGAGACAUGGCCAAUCGCAUCAAUGCCUUUGGGUACCUCGAGUGCUCGGCCAAGACCAAGGAUGGAGUGCGGGAAGUGUUUGAGAUGGCCACCAGGGCAGCGUUGCAGGUCCGCAAGCGUAGGGCAAAGAACAUCUGUGAGCUACUGUGAAGGAGCUCUCCUCUCUUUGGCGCAAGGCACUGUUUGGAUUAUACUGAGGCUUCCUGAACUUCCAUAACCACACGUAAAUGCAGAUAUCCCACAGGAGGAUAUGGCAGACUGUCUCACCCGUGGCAUUAAGCCCUAAAUCAUGUUUCUGCUUGUUUCACUGUUGUUGUUGUUUUUUGUUUUGACUCACCAGCAUUCCUCUGUGCUUAUGUGAAGAGUCUGAUUGUUGAAUGUUUUUGUAUUUAUGAGUAUAUUUUAUGAGCCCACUGACUGUCACCCCCAAUGCUGAGACCUGUCCCUAAAGAAGCUGAAGCUAUGCUCAUAGUUAUUUUUGACAAACAUAAUUUUUUAAAUACUGAUGCAGCAGAGCUUUUUUGAGUCUACAUUUAAAGGGUCAAAUUCAGUCUAUUCAUACAAAUUAAUCUACAAAACCCUGGGCAGUCACUUUAGUGCGAUAGCCUGUUCUUAUACCUUCGAUUUCCUUCAGCAGUAGGAGUUUAAACUGGUCCAUUGGGGCCACAUCUGCACAGACCAGUUGUUAAGGGACUAUUCUUGCCUAUGCUGCCAUGGUGCAUCGCUUUAUGAGCGAAAAAAAAUAUAUAUAUAUAAAUACCUGAUCUAUCACCAUUUAAACUAAAUCAAAUUAAUUUAGUUCCCACCAUUUUUCAUAUUUUGAUUGUACAGGGUAAAAAACUUGUCCAUGGCAGUGCCUAUAUUGCUUAACCCAGGUGGCAAAAUCUGCGCGGGAUGAGUUGAAUAUUAUUGAGACUGAGACAAACAUGUAAUAAAGUAUUUUUGAAAUACC